UCCUACUAAAACGGUGCAAAAUACACUAUCUUAUACAUACAUAUUCCAGUUUCGCCAUGAAGAGGAAGCACAGAAAUCCAGAAAAUGUCUUGGACAAGAAUAAUAAACAACAGAAGCUGGGUGACAUUGACAGCGAAGAUAGUGAGGAAUUAGAUGAUUUUGAGGCAGAUGAAGAUGUCAAUGCACAAAGUGAUGAUGUAGAUGAGAGUGAAGAUGGAAGUGAAGGUGAAUUUGAAGACGAUAUAGAUGUUGAUUCAGGAAUUCAAUCAUCUACAGCAGAUGACACACUUUCAUCCACAAAGAUAAACAAAAAAAGCUUGUUCAAACCGCCAUCUAAUGAUGAACUAAAUCAGCUGAAAGAGACAGAGAACCUCUACCAUUCAAGUCUGUUUCGUAUGCAGAUUACAGAGCUUCUGUCAGAAGUAACAUUGAAAGCAAAACGACAACAACAAAUAGAAAAAGUCUUCACAACUGUCAAGAAUUUGCUUUUAAAUAUUCCAAAAGGAAAACCCCAUGAGUUGAUGGACCAAGAUUGGUUACCAAAGAAAUUUGUCAAAGUCCCAUUCUGCCAGUCACCAAAAACAGUUAAGGGACGAUUCCAAUUUCUUCCUCCUGUCGAAGUGAAGAUAGUGGGCAGCUUUUUGUCAAGAACUGCUGUAAAACCAAAUGUGAAUUUAGACAUAUCUGCUACAAUGCCAGCGGAAUGUCUUCAGAGCAAGGACCACCUGAACCAGAGGUACCUGAGGAAGAGAGCUCUUUACUUGGCUGUUCUUGCUAAACACCUGAGGAAGAAGGAGGAAGUGGAAGACUUAAAGUUUACAUACCAUCAUGGCUGCCACUACAAACCUAUCCUCAUUCUACAGGUGAAAGGUGACACAGGAAAGCCUGUUACGGUACAUUUACAUGCGGUAGCUGCAGAGGGCAUGUUCAAACUGCACCGUUUCCAUGUUAACAAGAACAAUGUGAGAAAACAGUGGUACCACGGUCAGACAGAGGAGGUCGAGGAAGGGGACCAGCCUGCUACAUCCUCGUACAAUAUGGCUAUUCUUAGUGACCUGACGAUGGCCCAAAACAAUGACCACUUGACCAAGACAGUUGGGGAUAGCCAAGGGAUCAGGGAGGGAAUCCAUUUGCUGAAAGUUUGGCUUCAUCAACGGGAACUCAAUAUGGGUUAUGGCGGCUUCUCGAGUUAUAUCCUGUCUAUGUAUGUGGCCUAUCUAUUGUCCAAGAGACGCCUCAACAACAUGAUGAGCAGCUACCAAGUCUUCAGAAACACUCUUUUAAAUCUUUCUAAAUCUGAUUGGACAGUACAAGGUAUCACGCUGUGUGAUGAUAACAUAGAUUCCCAGCGCCCUCUGUUGUCUGAUUUCCUGGAGACAUUUGAUGUCGUGUUUGUGGAUGUUACUGGUUAUUUCAAUAUCUGUUCUUGUGUGAACAAGACUUGUUAUAAUCGGGUUCGUCAUGAGGCUGGACAAGCCAUGCGAAUGCUUGAGGAUCAUUCUCUAGAUAGUUUCUCUUUUUUUUUCAUGACACCACUUCCCUUCCUCCGCACAUUUGACAAUUUAUUUCACAUCAGAGAGUUGUCUUGCCUUGAGACAUCUGUAAACAAGUUCGACCUGACGGACAAAGUAAUGGACCUGGGUGGCAAUAUGGUCGCGGCUGUUACUCCUAGUUUGGUCUCAGUACUGCAGCGUUCACUGAACAGGAGGAUCAAACUAUUACAGGUCAAACAAGAGUGCACACCACAGUGGGGCAUCAUGGAUGAACCACCUAAGCCUGGCAGUCAGGGGCAGAUAACUGUUGGAAUUUUGCUCAACCCAGACACCUGUACUAGUAUACUAGACAAGGGUCCACCAGCAGACUCUCCAGAGGCUGAUGACUUCCGUGAUUUUUGGGGAGAAAAAUCUGAACUGCGUCGAUUUAAAGAUGGAAGCAUAUGUGAAGCAGUUGUAUGGAUGGAAGGGAAUUCUGAAAUUUCACUGAAAAGGACAGUUUGCUCGAUUGCUGUCAAACACAUUCUACAGAAACAAGCUGGCAUACCUACUGAGUCCAUAUGUUUCAUUGGCCCCCAACUUGACCCACUGUUGUACCUGCCAGUCAGGUCAAAGAAAGGAAUCAAGUGUUAUGGUACAGGGGAAGAAGAGAAUGUAGCCAUUAUGCAAAGCUAUGACUCACUCUGUAAACUUCUACGUAAUCUCAAGGACUUGCCACUCACAAUAAACUCAAUACAAGGGACAUCUCCAGCAUUUCGAUUUACAGAGGUGUUCCCUGCCCUUCAAGCAACCUUCCCAACACAACUUACAAAGACAGACAGCAGUUUUCUUUGCCCUAUAUCCUCAAGGCCUACUCCUCCGUACACACCUGUUCACAAGAUUGUAUGUAUGAUGGAAGGAAGUGGUAAAUGGCCAGAUGAAAUAGAACCAUUUCAGCGUCUGAAGGCUGCCUUUCACAUAGCUUUGGGAAAAGCUUUGUCGAGUGAUCACAGUCUGAUCGUCAGGACAACUCCUGGAUAUGUAGAUGUGAAAAAAAAUAAUUACAUCUUUCGAGUAGAGCUUGCCUACUUGCGUGAGAUAGCCUUGACUAAGUCUUAUCGUACACCUGAGGGCAUGAUGAAGGUUAGGGACACACCUGAGUCAAUAGAACUGGAAAAACAGAUUGUUGCUCUCCCUAAACUGACCAGCACAUUACAUGGUAUACAACAACAGCACAACACAUUCAGUGGUACAGUACGACUUGCCAAACGUUGGGUGUCCUCACAACUUCUGGCUGACCACAUACCAGAGGAAGCUCUGGAACUAAUGGCUGCCCAAAUCUACAUAGCUCCUAGUCCAUUCAGUGUACCUAACUCACCGCUGGUCGGUUUCUUGAGGUUUCUUCAUCUUUUAUCCAACCAUGACUGGACCAGAACACCACUGUUGGUCAAUCUAAAUCAAGAGUUUACAGCUGGUGACUAUGCAGAGAUUUUGUCAAAGUUUUCAAAAGACAGGAAAACUCUUCCCUUGAUGUUUAUUUCUACACCUGGAGACAAACUGAGCUCCCACUGGACAGCAGGGUCACCAACGGCACCUAUCCUCCAGCGCCUCAUUUUACUGGCUAAGGAAUCACUCAACAUCCUGGAGAGUCAACUCAACUCUAAUCUGACUCAAAAUACCACAGACUUUAAGCAAAUAUUCCGUCCGCCAUUGGAAAUCUAUGAUGUGAUCAUACACCUGAGACAGAAGAUGGUGCCGCGUCAGAACCAAGCUGUGGACAUCACUAACGAAACUUUCAUCCCUCUUCAUCUCACUGAUGUGAAUUCUGAAGUGAUGCCAGUGUACGAGUUUGACCCUGUACAACUGUAUCUGUCAGAGCUGCGGGAAGUUUAUGGUGAAUACGCCCUGUUCUUCUAUGAUCACCACGGAGGAAAUCUUAUUGGUGUUCUGUGGAAACCUCAAGCAUUCAACAAGGCAGCAUUUUCAGUCAACCGCAUAGCAGGAAAGAUGCCUGUGAUGCAAACCACAGACAAACAUUCGGACAUUCAAAUUGUUGCAAAUGUUGAGGCUAUUUUGGAAGAUUUUGAGGUGCUUGGGGAAGGACUGACAUCUAAAGUGGAGAUAAAGAAGUGGGACUUUGGAUCAGUCCAGUGAGAUAAGAUUAGACCAAUUCAACAGAUACCGGAUUUGCCUUUGAUUUCUGAAGGGAAAAAUGAAAUUAGCCAGACAUAUUCAGGAUUUUGUGAAUGGUGUACUUCUGGUCUGCUGCUUUCUACAAUAAGUCAGAUACAGAUAUACAUUACUUUCAUCAUGUGUGUUUGUAUAUAAAACUAUUAAAUAAAACUAUGUACAUGUA